AUGCAAUCAGUUAAGUGUGUUAUUGUUGGUGAUGGUGCAGUUGGAAAAACUUGUCUUCUUGUUUCAUACACUACAAAUGCUUUUCCAACAGAAUAUGUACCAACUGUGUUUGAUAAUUAUUCUGCAACUGUUAUGGUUGAUUCUAGACCAAUUAACCUUGGACUUUGGGAUACUGCUGGACAAGAAGAUUAUGACAGAAUUCGUCCAUUGUCAUACCCACAAACAGAUGUCUUUUUGUUAUGCUUUUCUGUUGUUUCACCACCUUCAUUUGAAAAUAUUUCAUCUAAAUGGAAACCAGAAGUUUCUCAUCAUUGUCCAAAUGCUCCAUGUUUAUUGAUUGGUACCAAAAUUGAUAUUAGAGAUGAACAAACACAAACAAACAAAACAUGUGACAAGAAAAUUGAACCUAUAACAUCUGAACAAGGUGAAGCAAAAUGUAAAGAUAUUGGAGCUCUUAAGUAUAUAGAAUGUUCAGCAUUAACUCAAAAGAAUUUAAGAUAUGUUUUUGAUGAAGCUGUUCGUGCAGUAAUUAACAUCAAUAAAAAAGAGAAAAUAAAGAGAAAGAGUUGCCUUAUUUUUUAA